ACCGUCAAAAGAACUCGAAACUCCAUUUCCGAAAUUCCAGGCCCCCAGUUUUGAAGGAUUCGGGAUUCAACCAUGAAGCUAUCGUUCUCUCUUCCUUCCAAAUCCUCUUCCUCUUCCAAGCCAAAUCUCGUCAGACCUUCAAAGGGAUUCGACGAUAAAACCCUAGAUCAUGGAGAUUUAGAGGAUUCCAAGGAGUAUGUUAACGAAUUUGACGCUUCCAAACCCUUCUCCGAAACCAGGGCUAGCUCCAGAAACAUUGUUAUUCCUUCCCUCCAGAACGAAUGGAGGCCACUGAAGAGAAUGAAAAAUCUCGAAGUCCCUCUCGGGCAAUCGGACGAGUCUGAUCUCAAGUUCGAAUCGGCCUCUGGAUUAGAUCCGCCGGAAGAUUCGAAGAUGUCGUUCGGUCUUAAUGUAAGGCAGUCCGUCGACGGUAUGAAGAGUGCCGAUGAUUCGGAAUCUGUGGAGGAGCCACGGCCUGCUCCUUUGGAGGUUGUUAUGCUGGAGAAGUUUAAAGCGGAUCUGAAGAGGUUACCUGAGGAUAGAGGCUUCGAGGAUUUCGAGGAGGUUCCUGUGGAAAGCUUUGCUGCGGCUUUGAUGGAAGGCUAUGGCUGGCGUCAGGGUCGGGGAAUUGGGAGGAACGCCAAAGAGGAUGUUAAAGUUAAGGAAUAUAAUCGAAGAACAGACAAGCAAGGGCUAGGGUUUGUCACCGACGUUCCUGUUGGGCUUUCAAACAAGAAGGAUGAGAAAGAUAAAGAGAGAGAGCGCGAGAAAAACAGAGAUGGAGAUAGAGUGAAGGAAAACAGAGAUCGAGGAAGUGAUGGAUUGUCUACUAUUGGGAAACAUGUUAGGAUUAUCGGCGGAAGAGAUGCGGGUUUGAAAGGUAAAAUUGUCGAGAAGUUAGAUCAUGAUUGGCUUGUUCUUAAGCUUAGAGACGAACAUGUCAAAGUGAAAGUCCGUGCAACUGAUAUUGUCGAAUUGGGUUCCAAAGAAGAGGAAAGAUUCUUGAGGAAACUGGAGGAAUUGAAAGUUCAGGAUGUAAACAAAGGCCAGAGACGGAGAAGAGAAGUUGUGGAGAAGCGUGAAAAUGGUACAAGGGACGAAGAAAGGAAGAACGGUAGAAUCUCUUGGGUCACUAGUCAUAUUCGCGUUAGAAUCAUCAGCAAAGACUUUAAGGGAGGAAAGUUUUAUCUGAAAAAGGGAGAGAUAGUAGACGUAGUUGGGCCCUCUGUUUGUGAUAUAUCCAUUGAUGGGAGUAGAGAGCUUGUACAAGGGGUCUCUCAAGAGCUUCUUGAAACUGCACUUCCUAGACGUGGGGGACCUGUUCUUGUUCUUUACGGUAAGCACAAGGGAGUUUAUGGGAGUUUAGUUGAGAGGGAUCUUGACAAAGAGACAGGGGUAGUGCGGGAUGCAGAUAGCCAUGAAUUACUUAAUGUGCGUUUAGAACAGAUUGCUGAAUAUAUUGGUGACCCAAGUUACUUGGGAUAUUGACUCUUUGUACCCAAGAUGGUGCUGGACCUGUUUUAGAGGUUACUCUGUUUUAUCAGAGUUUCGAUAAAUGACAUGCCGUGACACGUGAGUUAUCUGAACAAGUCCUUUACAUGAAUGAGCCGCCUAUGUGCUAAUGUGCAUAGUAAGUCGUCUUAGAAUGCUCAGAGCAUGAAGUGUACGCAGAAAACUCCUGCACCUGCCAAGUGGUGGUGAUAAUUAUUCCCUCUUACCCUCAAAAGAUGCUUCUGAAUAGUGAACUUAUGAUUCAAAUCUUCAUGAAUGGCAUCCGUCUUCUCCAAAGUCGAAAGUUGAGAGACAGAUAGAUCGAGGGUGAUGCUCAUACUUACACGGGCAUAGUUGUUGGAACUAGCUUUCAGGUGCAUCUUGUGUAGUGACCUUUGUUUGGAUUUAUUUUUACGGGGGGAGAUUUUUUGUGAGAUCAAGCAUUCUUUAUAAGAGUGGUAAAACCAAACAUUGAGUGGUGAAACCAAUCUACAUGAAUUUAUAUAUAUG